UCUUAUUGAACAUACGCUAGUUAUUUAUGUAUGGACAUACUUAUAUAUAUAUAUAUUUCUUUUUUGAGAUUUUGUGAUUGAUUUCUAUAAUCUUUCACCGAAGUCUUUAACCUGUUAAGCGUUCUAACCAAUUUCUUGUUAGUUCUUUUGUUUUCUUCAUUUGUGCUGUCUUGUGUCUUUGAACGAUUAGCUAAAAGCUAAUAAAUAAUGCUAAUAGCCUCUCGCUAAACCUUUUUCCAGACGCAGUCACAGUUGCGCAAUUUCACAAAGCGGCGCUGAUAAUGCGAGUAAUUUUCUAUUGGCACGUAUCACGCCUAAUCGUUCAACCCGCACUGCCCAUUCGAAGACUUUUUCUGACACACUUUAGCAGCAAAUGAAAUUGAUUAAAUAAAUAAAUAUAUACGAGUAUGUAUGCAUGUAGGUAGCCCGCGUACCUGCGACUAAAGUUUAAUUGCGCUUUGUUUUUAACUACCAUUAACGGUAAUAUAUAAAUGCACAUACAAAAAAAAAAGACGAAAACAAGAAGAUGGCAUGUGUUAAACCUCUAUUGGGGCUACACCACGCGCUUCAAGCGCAAACACCCAAACAAAGUAGGCGCAGUUCGUGUAUUCAUUGUGUCAUGCAGUAGUGGCUGCAUUGUCUUGUCUCAUUGAUGAGCUCAUCAACGCCUUCUCCAAACACUGUAUGAUGGCUGGCUGCCUCGCUGGCUGUUUGACAGGUGGCGCGUCCGCUUCAAAUGUGGCAGCCAACCAAGCUGCGCACAAACAAAUAAGGGUGGAGCUUCCUUAGAUAAAAGCUUCGUACAUACAAUAUGUAUGUAAUGAAAAAUCACAAUUUCUUAAAAAGCCAAGAAUUUCAUAAAGAACGCCGCGUAUUACUUUGCUACUCGCCAAAAAUGGUAACAGACCGCUCCUUUUCCGAUUUCGUUUAAUGUAUUGAGUGCGCUUUACAGCCCACUUGGUGAGGUUGAUACUUCUUCUUAUUCUUUUUCUUCUUUUACAAAUCAAGCACACACAAUGCAAUCAAGGGCGCUUGCGAGUAAAUAUAGAUAUGUAUUUAUAUUUGUAUAUAAGCCCACAUAAUUGCUGUAAUAUUAUAGUUUUAAUAUUACAUCAUUAGCGCCCAGAGUUCUUGCGCUGGCGCCACCCAAUUGCAUUUUGAACUGGCUGCUUUGAGAAUCUUUGGCUCAACUGAAAACACAGUUUAAGUUUGAUUGUGCUGUGAAGUGGUUGUGAAAUCGUUCGAAUUCCUCAAAGUGUCAGAAUUUAUUUAUAUAACAAUUAAACUUUAAGCAACUGGCAGCAUUAAACUAUUUUUCUCCUUGGUCUUGAGAUAAAACGCUAAAUGCACGCAGUGAUAGCAAUAAAAAUUAGCAAAAAGAAAGCAAAUACUGAAGAGCAAUAACGUAAAACUGACGCCGAAAGGGCACUUAAAGGCAACAGCAAGCAGUCUGUGUACGGAACGCAUGAUAUUAUGGCUUUGGCUCCCAACUGAGCAGAGACACAACAGGAGCAAAGUUUUUCGACCAAGAGCUGGUGGGUUUUAGCCCCUUUUCACACAAAUAUAUAUACUAACUGGCGCUGGUUUAAGACACACAAAUUAUGAGCAACAUGAAAAAUGGUUUCUCCACACUCAAUCGUUGGUUGGGCAAGAAGAACAAAGCUGAGAAAGCCACAACCAAUGGCAAACUCUCCAAAUCCAGCACAAACCUGAACAGUUUGUCCGUCUCGUCGACGAACAUCAACGAAACUAGUCAGCUGGAAUACAAUCGCAUCACACCCCUGCCGGUGGCCACAAGCAAUGCGCCCUUCGAGCAGACCUUCCGCAUAACCGUGCUGCUGCCAAAGGAUCAGCUAUAUGUCGCACGUUUGGGCGCGCGUGUACCGCUCAGCAAACUCUUGGAGUUGGUGUGUGAGAACAAGCUGCUCGAUGCUACCAAGUACGAAUUUAGAAAUCCAGUUGACUAUAGUCAGGUGUACAACUGUGAUUUGACAAUUGGCGCUGUGGGCCUCUCGGAGAUACGUUUAUGUCACAAGUCCGAAUCGUAUGAUAAUUUCAAUGCAGAUGAGAUAAUCAAACUGCAUCGCACGGCGAUCAUACGCGACUCGCUCUCCUCGUCGGAGUUCAGCAGCCGCUACUCAAAGCACACAACAAAGACCACUAGUCCCUACAGCUCGAGCAAUUCACUCAACUCGAUGGAUUCGACUGGCAUGAAUUGCGUGCGCACACCCGUUUCACCGCCCGCAACGCUCAUCAGCGCGCCGAGUACGCAGUCGUUGAAAAUGGCUGCGCCACCACGCAAGAAACGCGCCGCACCACGGCCACCGAGCCAAACCGCCAUACCGGAGAAGACGGUGUUGGUUACAACCAAUGGUGAGCCAAACCCCAAUGGCACGCACACGAAUGGCAUUGACACAGCGCAAGCAGCUGAGGAUGCGCUGUCGCGUAAAACACGCUACGUUUCGACGCCCAACCUCUCGACGUCGCCGGACGAUGUAAAUGGCUUCGAUUGUAAUGGCAAUAACGGUGCACACACACCAAACGGGGAACUGGAGAUGAGCUUAAAUGGUUACGAUCAUUUCGACGGCGAGCACGAGCAAGCACAGGUCAAGCAGAAGAAUGCGCGCAAUUUAUGCGGCGGCAGCGUGCAGAAUUUAAGCAGUGCCAGCGCAGCGCAGCAGUCUAUGGAGUUCCCAGAGCCGUCGCCGCGUAAACGCAUGAUACAGAUAAAGAAGAAAACCGUUGCGCCAGCGCCACCGCCACGAGGCGGCGCUUAUGCUGAUGCAGACACGCUCUCCUUGCGUUCCAUGACACCAUCCACAGCACCGGACACGCCACUAACGCCGCUAACACCCGAUUCGCCUUUGCUAGAACAUGCGCACACUUUACCUAGCAAUUUUAAAGCGCAGUCUCCGGCACCACAAGCGCGCGAACCCAAAGAAACUGCGUCAACAACGCUUGAGACGCACGACAAGGCGGCUGCAGUGCCAAAGCCUUUGCCACGUGUAACAACAAAUACGCUGCUGAACGCUAGCAACACCGAGCUGGUUGAGCCGGUAACACCACUAACAACAACAAAUGUUUCCAAAAUUAUGCUAAAUCGUACGCCAACGCCGGAGCCGCGUUCACUUUCCGCCGAGCCGCCGCAAUGCGUUAGUUUUCUGGGCGCGCAUAUAGCUGGACUUAAAAACGGCGUGGCUUCAGAGCACGAAGACGACGAUGUGUCGUCGAAACAAACAGACUCGGGCAGUUUUCUGGGCGCGCACAUAGCUACGCUCAAAAGCGAGGCCAGUUUACCACACGACGAUGACAGUGUAUCCAAGCAGGCAGACUCGGGCAUCGGGGAGCCCGUACCAUCGCCAAUACCCGACAGUCUGCCAUCGGUGAGUUCGACGCAUGACGGCAAGUCGGCCUUCGAGUCGAGCUCCGAUGACGAUGACAUUGUUAAGGUGUAUAAUUUUAAGCUUGGUAAAACGGUGGCCAAGUCACCCGCGGAAGCGCCACAAACUUUGGAAGAUUUCGUAGUUUUAGCUGCUGAGGCGCAAACAGAUAGCGGUGAAAACACGCCAGCGCCAAUCACACAGGAAGCGACACCAAACUUCUCCGACAGCGCUUCGUGGAACUUUUCCAUACCGAUUUCGCCGCCACCCAACUUCGCGGAUGGACGUUUCGCGGAAGGGUUUGCCAGCGAAAAGCCCGACAUGCCCAUAACGCCCAAAAUAAAAGAGCGUCCCGUACUGGACUUUGAAGCAAUUUCACAUAACGAGAGCUGUGUGGGUCCAGCAAGCAAUAGGGAUCAGAAAGCGCACGCCUCGAGCGAGACACAACUCAAGGCAGAGCGAAUGACGCCCUUACCAAGUCCAACAACGCCUUUAAAUGAAAUCGUAGACGAGCUCUCAGCAAUAAUCAGCGAAAAACGUUUGGACACGCUGAUUAAAAAGCCGGAGGAACAACCAAAGAUAGAAGCUGUAAAGCCGAACACGCUGACGAACUUCAGCAUUACAACAAUAACACAGCAGACGGCAGAAAAGGAAACAGAAAUGGCAAAAAGCAUCGACAGAAAAGCCGAGAUUACUUCAGAACAGACACCGACACCUGCCCAGCACGCACCGGUGCAGCAAAAGUCACCUCCCGAAGUAGAGCUUGAAAGGAGCUCUACACAAGAUCACGCGCCAACCGCACAAAUCGUUGACGCCACAAUCGAGACCAACGGCUACAACACCAGCCGCAGACGCUCCUCAGGCGAACUCAGCAUUGGCGAGACGCCUACGCUACAGAGUCCAGAGAUGGUCAAGACAAUUUUGAAUUCGCGCAAAAAUAGCACAGCCAGCAGCAGCAGCGGCGGCGGAGGCGGAGGCGGGGAAGGUGAGUCCAAAGGAGUUAAGGUAUUUUCAAAAGCCGCUGAGACAGUGCCUCAAGCGGAGCCACCAAAGAACGUUGUUAACGCAAGCGUGGAGCAUAGUGUAGAUGUUAAACAAGCAACGAACGAUCCUCCAGCCUCUACUAAACCCAAAGAGCUACCCAAAGUAUACCGUUAUUCCGGACCGCCAAGCAUUAAUUUCUCCACCUGGAGUGAGCGCCCCAAAGUGCAGGUGGCCAUAAAGAACGAAGGCGAUUACAUAUUCGGCGGCAAGAAUGCGGACAGUCAAAGCGCCGCCGUCACCACAGCAGCCAUCGAGAUCAGUACGAACACCAAACUGUACAAUCGCAGCAAUCGCGUCUCAAUGCCGGCUUUUUGGGCAGAGCGCGAGAAUGCGUCGCUGCCAGCACCGCCUGUAGCGCCAAAACCCGCAAGCAAAGCGUCACCCACAGAGCGCAUGGGCAUACCCGAGAAGGAGUACCGCGUGCCGGUGAACGUUAAGCCGUUGCGUGAUGUGACUAUCGAAAAUGUGCCGGCACAGGCGGCGGAGAGUGUGAUGACACAAGCAGCCACGCGCAAAACUACGAGUAUAACAACUGUUUUGCUUAACGGUAAUGCCACCGCGGCAGCAGAAAAUCACAUUGAGGAGACGCACACAAGACGUACACACACAUCCACGCUACCGCGCAGUAAUGCCAAUCGCUUUAGUAUGCCGCCCACCAGCAUUACGGUGGGUCCCGCCUUGUUGCGCUCAACCUCCAUCUCACAGUUGGAGGCGAACAAGCUUAAGCCGGCGCAUAAUGCAAGCGCCGCAACAGCGCCAACGCCGGCGCCAUUUGGACAGAACACCUUGCGCAAGACUGGGUUGAAGGAGAAGAUACUCGCUAAAGAAGCGGCGUCUAAGGACGAUGACGAAAGCGCUGCACCAACCCACCAACAGGAAAAGUCAAGCGCACAAACAACAGCAGCGUUCAGCGUAAGCGGCGUUAAACACAAACCCUUGAAACCGUUACAAAGUGCCAAAUUGGAAAUGCAACUUUCGGGUACGUCGACGAGCGCGCAUUUAAACCGCACGAACGCGACGCCUACGCCAAAGUUCACAACUACAACGACAACGAUUACACAGUCAUUUGAAAAAUCUAAAUCUAUGUCUCUAGCACCAACAACAACACCAACGCCACCGACGCCACCAGCACCACCGCUGGCGCCGCUUAAAGCCGUUGCGCUACACACACCCAACGGCGGCGCGCCUACAACGCCCAGCGGCGCCGAGCCAAGGGAUCAACUGUUGCUGGCAAUACGCAGCUUUAAGCGGGAAAACUUGACGCGCGUUUGAAGCUGAAGCCGAAGCGUGCCGUGGGUGGGUUUAGUCACAAAAUGUUGUACUGAAUUGUUGUAAAAUAUUAUGUGUAAAUUUGUUUUUAUAAAUAUUUUUAAAUGUUACUAUUUUUUCUGCUUUUUUAUUUUUAUUUUUUUUUUUAAUAAUUUUCUUUUUAAAAAAUUUUUUUGCUUUUUUUUUUUUUGAGGAAUUUUAAACGAAAAAAGUUUUACUAAGCCGAAGUCAACGUAAUUUUAUUAGUCUAAUUUUAUUAUUAUUUUAAAAUUUAAGUGGUGAAACUAAGCGCGAACAGCUAUUCACAAUGAGCAGCCGCAGGGUUGCAUUUGGUUGCGCUUACAUUUGUUAAAUGAUGGCAAGCCGGCAAAUGCUGGUGAAGGAGGGCAAAAUGCAGGCAGAUAUGCCUAUUUAAUAUAUUAUUAUUAUUAUUAU